AUGGCAUCUUCACCUCCUUCAUCGCCCACCGCCCCUACCCCACCUUCCUCAAACAUUAUUAUCCAACAAGAUUCCUCCUCCUUUUCCAUCACUGUUGUCCUUGAUGACCACAAUUAUCCGCUUUGGUCUCAGUUACUUGAUAUGCGAAUUGGUGCGCGAAACAAAACCGGGUAUCUCACCGGUGCCACCAAGCAACCACCGGCGGCUGAUCCUUUUUUUGAUACGUGGGUGACUGAAAACAAGAAGGUGAAAAGCUGGUUAAUUGAUUCCAUGUCUCCUCCCCUCAUGCAGCGCUUCAUCCGAAUCGAGUGUGCAUCGGAGAUUUGGGAUGCUGUCCGGCGAACCUUCUUUGAUGGUUCAGACGAAAGGUUCUCUUUGAGUUGA